AUGAACAUGGAGUCGUCUUUCCAACAGCAGGCAGCUUUGGUCCAGCGUGUAUACGCGAUACGACUCGAGGCGGAGCGGGAACGCAUGGAGAAUGAGGCCCGUCAAGAGGUGCUCAACUCGGGUCUCGUGGAGGACACUGUCCGGGGUCGAACGACGGACCUCGACGGUCAACUGGCUGUGACACGCGUGGCUCACAAGGAAUUGGAGGCCCUCGUGCUAGAACGGUCGGGCAUGGAAAAACUACGGGUAGAAAGGGCGGAUCUGCUGGAUCAAACUAAAGCGUUGGGCGAUGAGAUUAGUCGCAUCCGGAGCUCCGAGGAAGUGGCGGUGUCGGCUGCUCUGAGCCGUAUGGAGCGCCAGCGUCAACUGGAUGCGGCGAUGGUGUCUGCGUUGCGAGCCGAACUUGGGUUGAGUCGUGCCCGUGCGGAAGACGACAAAGCCCUCGAGCAGUCCCGAUACGACAGCGAGUUGGUUCAGACUCGAGCCGCAUUUGAGGCCGAGAAGCGAGAAAUGCUGCUCGAGUCGGAAAGGAACGAUGAUAAAUGGCGAACGGAAUUCGUGCGUUUCAAGAACGAAGUCCUUGAUGCGUCGCUGGCGAUACGAGAGCAGGCUCGUUUGGAUGGUGAUGAGCUGAGGGCCAGCCUGGCACAGAAAGACAGGACCAUCACUCUACUCGAAAGGGCCGACGCCGAGAAACAAACGGCGGCUCUUGAGAUCGAAGAAGAACGACGUCUGAAUGCCGUUGUCGACGCGCGCGACCUUCAGAUCCGGAUUUUGGAAGGUGAGGCCCAUGAAAGUAACGUCAACUUGAACAUGUUGACGGACAUGAACGGCGAGUUGCAGUCAGACCUUCUGUCUCGGGGGGAACUGCGGUCGGAACGAAACGUUCUCGAAGGGACGGCCGCCGAGCUCGUCAGUGCUCAGGUCGCGUUAGCUCAAGAACGGGUUCGGCUCGACGAGGCCAAACGGAGUUUUGCAGCCAAGGUGGCCGACGAGCGUGCCCUGUUUGACGAGGAGCGCCGAUCGCGGAACGAUCGCGACUUCUGUCAGAACGGCUGGAACUGCUUCGCGUGCCGCCAGCAACCCCGAACCAACCCAACGUCGUCUCUGCCGUGGGGUAUGAUACGGCGCAUCCCGUUCAACAACCUGACUACUUGCAUGACUCGACGGUACAAGUACGGCGAGCCCCGUCUGGUGGUUCUUCGGUUUCUUCUACGGUCAUGGGCUCUGACUUCACGAUCGACCGGACUCCGGUCCUUGGUAUGCACCCCUCGAAAGGUUCAGUGA